AAGAGAAUAUCAGAAUCACGCGAACUUAUGGAGCCCGCUUGAUACUAAAAUAAAUAAACUUAUAAACGACAGUUUACACCAGGCAAAACGAGGAAGAAAAUAUUUGUAUAAAGUUGACCCGACGACUUUCGCCCGUUGGCAUGUUGGAAACAGGUCGGCCAUCUUUGAAAGAAGUUAUCAAAACACCACCAGGAAGGACUGCUCGCUAGGCUUCGUUAGGAAAGGUGACCGGUGCUACUCAUACUUUGAUGUACUCACCACGAACGAUGAUUGUGUGUCGCUUUGUAGUAUAUCCUUCACGAGCUAAAAUGAACCAGGGUUGUUGAUUACUUAUUCGCGCAUUGAAGUUUAAGUAUAGGCAAGACUUGUAGUUGUUGGAGUAAUCUAGAAGACGCCAAGGUAUGGAGCCUGAUUGUCGCAGAGCUCCCGCAUAUCUCCUGCGUGUGUUAUUUCUCUUCGCAGUUUCACUUAGCUAUUCGUCAGCUUUUCCAUAUGAUAGACCAUCUCUCGGUGAUGUGUAUAGCGAGUAUACGGACUUGAAACCAACUGAUUUGAGACAUGGAAUUUUCAAUGAUCUUCCACAAGUAAUUAUUCCUUUGCCGGGGUGGCUUGAUAAACACAGACACCAUAAUACAAAAGAACAAAAUGAUAAAACAGAACAACAUGAGGCAACCGGAUACCGUGGAGCAGUCGGAUACUAUGAUACACCAGGACAAAAUAUUAUAAUAAAUAUUUACCCAAUAGAAAUCAGUUUUUCAGAAAGCGAGGAAUCAUAUGAAGAGUCUAAAUCAUCAUCAGAAGAAUGGCCGCGGUCAUCAGAAGAAAAGACAUCAUCAUCGGAAGAAUGGACGCGGUCAUCAGAAGAAAAGACAUCAUCAUCGGAAGAACAGCUGCAAUCUUCAGAAGAAAAGCCAUCAUCAUCUGAAGAAUGGCCGCGAUCAUCAGAAGAAAAGACAUCAUCAUCGGAAGAACAGCUGCAACCUUCAGAAGAAAAGCCAUCAUCAUCGGAAGAAUGGCCGCGAUCAUCAGAAGAAAAGCCAUCAUCAUCGGAAGAAAAUCUGCAAUCUUCAGAAGAUAAGCCAUCAUCAUCGGAAGAAUGGCAGCGAUCAUCAGAAGAAAAGCCAUCGUCAUCGGAAGAAUGGCCGCGAUCAUCAGAAGAAAAGCCAUCAUCAUCGGAAGAACAGCUGCAAUCUUCAGAAGAAAAGCCAUCAUCAUCGGAAGAAUGGCCGCGAUCAUCAGAAGAAAAGCCAUCGUCAUCGGAAGAAUGGCCGCGAUCAUCAGAAGAAAAGCCAUCAUCAUCGGAAGAACAGCUGCAAUCUUCAGAAGAAAAGCCAUCAUCAUCGGAAGAAUGGCCGCGAUCAUCAAAAGAAAAGCCAUCAUCAUCGGAAGAACAGCUUCAAUCAUCAGAAAAAAAGUCAGCAUUAUCAGAAAAAAAUCUUAUAUCAAUAAAAUCAACACUGGCUUCAGAUGGGGAUGCAUUGGUAGCUAACCUUCUACAUAAACAUAAAACGACAAAAAUAAAAAAAGAAAGCAGUUCAUCACAAAUAAGCAGCGAAAAGCAGAAAACACCAUAUUCUUUGCUAAGAAAAGCCACACUGCAGGAAAAAUCACAAACGUCUGAAUCUCAAAUACCUGCAUCACAUUCCCUAAUUAAAAAAGCAACAUCUCAAGCAGAAGCUCAAAAACCUGAAGCAGAUUCUCCAGAAACGCAAGUACCACCAGUUACGAAAAAAGGCAAACACUGCUCCUUCAAACAUUUGAGUAGCUGCUACGUUGUUGCCGAUAUGCUCCUGAAAUUUGACGACUGUUCAAAAAGAUGUCAGAAUUCUAGUUACGAUGUUGUGGUACCGAAAUCGGCCGAAACGAAAGCAUUUCUUCACAAGCAGAUGGGAGGUUCAGUGAAUACGCUGAGUCGCACCAACAUCUAUCCUUACUGGCUGGGUAUUAAGUUCACAAACAACGCCUGGCACUUGCAUGCGAAAUCUAGCGAGGCUGUUGGUUACAGCAACUGGGUGCCGGAUACACCAAUGUCUCCGAGCAACGAUGCGUGCGCGGCCGCAGAUCUGAACGACUCACUCUGGAGGAUAUCCGAGUGCACAGACGUGGCUCUUUGUGUGUGCGAAUCGUCUGUUCAGCAAAGCAAGCGGUAGACCUAGAGCCAGUCGCUGGCGUGCUUGCUUUAUGUAUCUAUAAACAGUUGUUUGUAGCAAAACAAUGUAUUUGUAUCAAUAAACAAUUGUUUAUAUUAAUACAUAUUUCUUUGUGUCAAUAAACAGUUCUUU